GGAUGUGAUGAAACGGUACCCUGACUGGACACACAUUGAAAGAGGAUCAGAAGAGGGAAGCUUGGAGGGGGCAAAGGUAAAGCCAGAAACUCAAGAUUUCUAAACCAUGUCUCUGCCAUUUCGAAAGGACUUUGAUAAGUACAAGAAUAUAAAUGAGGAUGAAAUUCUAAGCAAACUAUCAGAAGAUGAGCUGAAACAGCUGGAGACCGUCCUUGAAGAACUUGAUCCGGAAAAUGCUCUGCUGCCGGCUGGUUUGCGACAGAAGGAUCAAACAACUAAGGAAGCAUCUGGAACAUUUGACCGAGAACACCUCCUGGCUUAUUUACAGAAAGAAGCAUUGGAGCAUCAAGAUAGAGAAGACUGCGUUCCUUUUACUGGAGAGAAGAAAGGUAAAGUGUUUGUUCCCAAGUGCAUGCCUUCAGAGCGCCAGCCCGAGGAGAAGGUGACUCUGGAACCAGAACUGGAAGAAGCUCUUGCCAGCGCUACAGACACUGAGCUUAGUGAUCUCGCAACCGUCCUUGGAGUGCAGCAUUUUUCCAGCCGACCUCAAGGAAACGAAGAAGGAAACCGAGAUGGGACAGAAAGACAUGUUGUCAAAGCCGAGAAGGUGAAGCCCAUGACUGAAGACCCUCCAAACCCCACCAAUGUUGAAGAAAGUUUGCAAAGGAUAAAAGCAAAUGAUCCUUUUCUAUUAAACGUCAAUUUGAACAACAUCAAGAACAUCCCUAUCCCAACUCUCAAGGAAUUUGCAAAGGCUUUGGAGAAGAACACUCACGUGAAGUCGUUCAGCCUCGCAGCCACAAGGAGCAAUGAUCCAGUGGCUAUUGCCUUUGCAGAUAUGCUAAAAAUGAACAAAACCCUGAAGAGCCUCAACGUUGAAACUAACUUCAUAACUGGAAGUGGAAUAAUGGCACUUGUUGAUGCUCUGAAAGAGAACAAGACACUCACAGAGAUCAAAAUUGCCAAUCAGAGACAGCAGCUGGGAACUGCGGUGGAGAUGGAGAUUGCUCAGAUGCUAGAGGAGAACUCUACCGUUCUUAAAUUUGGAUAUCAGUUUACACAACAAGGUCCAAGGACCAGGGUAGCAGCAGCCAUCACCAAGAAUAACGACCUAGUUCGGCUUAAACGAGUUGAAAGAGAACACCAGUAGACUGAUCGAUCGUGGAAUGCCAAGAGAAAAAGCUCUAUACCAGACUGUGAAAAUGCACUAGUGGAAAUGCAGUCAUAACGGACAUUUCUAUUGAUAUUUUUCAAAGACUUUACCAUUGAACACACUGAUGGAGGCUUGGAAGAGAAUAUUAUUGUCUAAACUCUGUGUUGAUUCUUCUCACGUAAAAAAGAAAAAUGUUACAGUUCUCUUGUGUUGUUGUCCAAAGCAUGAGCUUCUGUCAUGUGUAUGAGAAUAAUGUUGCCAAGUAUAAGGUGCUGUAAUAUUAACACAGUGUUUUUUUAAAUUAACAUCUUAUAGAACACGAUUUUAUGCCACAGAUAAACUGAACGUGACAACCACUUUAUAUGUGGAUUUUGUAUUCAACACACAUGUUUCUUAGAAGUAUCAGCUGUGCAUUUUGAUGACCCAGUAAAGCAUAACAUUUCGAGUAUAAUAUGAAAGCAUAAUUCUAACUCAGAAUUGUAGGAACACGGGAACAUCAUAUGCAUUAUACAAAAUAACUUUACUUGUGUUUAUCUCUUAAUAGUUUAAUUAUCCUAUAGAGUAUAUGACAUCACUGGUGUUCUACUCAAUCAAUCUCUCAUCUUUUAUCUGCUUCCUCUUUGAGAUACAAUUAGCAGAUGAAGAUUUUUGAUACCUUUUCAGCACUAUCCAGGCCAGUCCAACACACAUUCCCAAGAGGGAAGGCAUAAAAAAUGGGGAGCAUAAAGAAUCCAGGCAGGGUGUAAGUCCUUGGCACUCUGGAUUUGGAAAUAUAGAGAAGCCACACAACGAAACUUCAGGCAAAAUCAGAGCAGUCCAGUUGCUCAGUUGACGUAGGGUAUGAGGCUGCAAUGUUCUCUAUGUUGGCAAGCAGGUAAAUGCUGAGGCAUCAAGUUCACCAAGUAAGCCCUAUGUUUAGAAACCCUAAUGUUGUCUUCAGCCCUUCCCUAACAAUAGAAAGGUUCGGGGUGGUGGCAGCUGGUGAAUGGUGGCAUUUCAAAGAUGACCUCUUACAAGGUCUACAAGCCUCACUGAAGGAUUCUUAGUUUUUUUCUACUUAUUAUGAAAUACGUUUUUUUUAUCCCUUGAUGUUUAGCCCAUAGAGCCACUAUUUUCUAUAGGGAAUGUAGAAUUAAAACUGGACCUAGAUCAGGUUAUUUUCCUCUUUUGCUCUUUUUAGGAUAACAAUGGAUCCUCAAACAAUUUGUAUAUUUUUUGUUUCUUUUAUUAUAAGCUGAUAUUUAAAUUUGUUUACGAACUAGAAUGCUAGGAGAACCAUUCCAAACAUAUAUGUAGCGAUUGGGUGCAUUUAAUUAACCCCUUAAUGACAAAGCCCGUACAUGUACGGGCUCAAAAUGCAUUGUUUUCAAUGGGUUUAGGGACCGCCCAUUAUCCUUAAGGGGUUAAAUGACAUUUGUUAUUACACACACAGAUUAAUGGUACGUUUAUGCUAGAGAAAUCUAAUUUACCUGCAUGAAAAUAUAUGAAAAAAAUGAUAUGCUUUUUACAAAUGGCAAACUGUUAUGUACUAAUAUGUCAUUAUGUACUAAUAUAUGAAAUGUACUAGCCAAAAUGAAUCCCUUUAUAUCUGAAGGAAUCUUGGUGCUAGGAUUUGAACUUCCAUAUUAAAUGCACUUCUAUACAAAUACACAGACGUUUUAGACUUUUAGAGUAAUGUACUUACACUGCCUAUGGUACACGUAGUGAGAAGAUGUGAACGGCGUUUGGUGCUAUACAAAAUUCACUGAGACAGCUUGUUGAAUAAAAAGUUAUUCUUAA